AAAGUCGCAGAACAAAGUCUGGUGAGGGGAAUUGCAGAUAUGGAACUAAACAAGAUAGGCUUGAGCCUGGGUUUCCUAUGCUUCGUGUUUUUGCAUGGAGUUCUGGCAGAUUGCAGUACUGCUACUCGCAAAGUCCACCGCUACAACUUUAUUCUGAGGGAGACGAGUUUUACAAGGCUAUGUACCACAAAGAAAAUGUUGACAGUAAAUGGCAAAUGGCCUGGCCCGAAAAUCCAAGUUUGCAAAGGGGAUACUGCAUUUGUACAUGUUCACAAUGCCGGCAAAUAUGGUGUCACUAUUCACUGGCACGGAGUGAAGCAGCCAAGAAAUCCAUGGUCGGAUGGUCCUGAGAACGUCACACAGUGCCCUAUUCAACCAGGAAAAAGCUUCACUUACGAGGUUACAUUUUCAGAUGAAGAAGGAACCGUUUGGUGGCACGCCCACAGUGACUGGUCCCGGGCCACAGUCCACGGUGCCAUUGUCGUCUUACCUGCAAACGGAACCACUUACCCUUUCCGCAAACCCGAUGCCGAACAACUGCUUAUACUCGGGGAAUGGUACAAUGGAGAUCUCAAGGAAAUAAUUGAUAACGCAACUGAAACCGGUGCUGCUCCAGCUGAAUCCAAUGCCUAUACCAUCAAUGGCCAACCAGGAUUCCCAAAUAAGUGCUCCAAGGAAACAACAUAUCGUCUGCACGUUCAAUACGGCAAGACAUAUCUUCUCCGUCUGAUAAAUGCCGUGAUGAAUGAAGAAAUGUUCUUUGGAAUCGCAAAUCACAAGCUCACAGUUGUGGCCCAAGAUGGAGCAUACAUAAAACCCAUAACCACAAAUUACAUCAUGACAAGUCCAGGACAAACCUUUGACAUCCUGCUCACUGCAAACCAACCUCCAAGUUAUUAUUACAUAGCUGCGAGUCCCUUCUUCGAUGCCGGUUCUAUUGCUACAUACGACAGUUCGAACACUUCUGCAAUUCUCGAGUAUACCGGCAUUUUUGCUCCUCCAGCCUCUCCUCCAUAUCCUUCCCUUCCUAAUAUAACGGACAGGGCUGCUGCAGACAGCUUCACAAAUCGUUUAAGGGCAUUGGCGAGUCCUGCACACCAAAUUAAUGUCCCCAAAAAAAUCAACAAAAGAUUAUUCGUGACAGUUAGUCUAAACCAGAUACUUUGCCCUGGUGCAACUUGUGGGGGUCCAAAUGGUAAUAGGCUGUCAUCAAGCUUAAAUAACAUCAGUUUCGCGACCUCAACCAUUGAUAUACUGCAAGCAUAUUACAGGAGCUUGCCGGGUGUGUUCACCAAAGAUUUCCCGGAUCGGCCACCAUAUGUUUUUAACUACACGGGAGAUGUAGGUGAUAACACAUUAUUUACGCACCAAGGGACAAACGUAACGAUGAUAAAUUACGGGGCAGCUGUGGAAAUAGUGUUCCAAGGGACUAAUGUUGAGGAUGGAGAGUUUCAUCCAAUGCAUCUCCAUGGUUAUAGCUUCUAUUCAGUCGGGACAGGUUAUGGCAAUUACGAUGAGAUCACUUCGCCAAAAACAUACAAUUUGAAGGAUCCACCAGAAGUUAACACGGUUGCUCUUCCUAGGAAUGGAUGGGUUGCAAUUCGAUUCAUAGCCAAUAAUCCAGGAGUUUGGUUUUUGCAUUGUCAUUUGGAAAGGCAUGCGUCUUGGGGUAUGGGCACCGUUCUGAUUGUGAAGAAUGGACCAACCAAGGAAACAAGUAUUCGACCACCCCCACCAAAUAUGCCUCGUUGUUCUUAAUUAAUUUUUGGAAAUUCAAUGUCUCACCGGGAAUAUCAAUGCAUCAAACGUAACGUGAGAUAAUUUGAUAUUUGAAUAAGAUCAUAUAGAAUCAAGCUAGCGAACGUGCCGGUCGUUUCAACAAUUAAUAAUAUUUAAGAUAAUGGUUCAAGUACUCGGUCAUCAUUUUAUCGGUUGUA